AUGAAACGAUGCACUGCGCUCCGCCCAAGCAGCCUUAGGGCUUUGAAUCUACCUCUGGGCCAAAGAUGGUACUCCUACGAUAAGGCGUCCUUGACCAAAGAGGCCCUCCUCCACAAAGUCGAAGCUGGGCUUGGACACGAUGCGGACGGCAAAUCACUAAAAAUUAAUCCAGAGGCGAAGACGGUAUCUACUGCGGCAGGAGAUCUUCCCAUCUCGCCCAUCUUUGAUCCGGCAUGGAUGCAAGCCAGGCGAAAGACUGCAAAGGCCGCUCCUGGUCCACCACUAGGCAGAUUUCGACGAAAGCUCGCAAACAACCCUUUCGCACAGGCCCUCGCUACGCCAAUCCGAAGAUGCCCAAACAGCGCCACCAGCCUACCGCGGUACUUUUUACAGGAUUUUGAGAUGAUAAAACAUCCGCAAACAGGUGCCGCAUGGUGGGCUCCCGGCCCGCUGGCCUUUGAGCAUGUCCUGCCUACGAAGCGACCAGACGAGUCACAAACGGAUAGGAAUAACGGAGGUGACAAAGCUGCUGCGGCGGCUGAGCUCGUGUCAGCUUCUGCGCCAGACUUGAGCGAUACCACAACGGGCUCGGCCCGGCGACGGAGAUCACCAAUAACAAGCUACACGCUGAGUCGCAAGUCGCUGGUUGAUAUGGUUGGCGGAUCAAACAAAAAGUAUCUUGCCCUUUUGUCGGCGAUCCGAACUGGCAUGGCUGUAGCUCCGGAUACUAGGGAUGCGGUAUGGAGAGAAGAUAUGGGGAGUUUACUGCUGGGGAUGAUGCGCACACACGCAACAGAUGCGCUUAUUGCUCGCGGCAAUCGGCCACACGGCCCCAAGGACAGAUUUAUUCAACCUUGUGUGAAUUGGAAGGACGUCGAAGGAAUCAGAAUGCGGGGUUGCGUUAUUUGGCUGCCAGAGAACAGUGAUGGUCCGAGACAAUACGCUACACUGGACGUCGAGGGGGCCCAAUACGGAAGGAAGAUGGUGGUACAUAAUCUACGAUGGCUGCUUGGCGAUAACGAAGUGCAGCGGCUAAGGGACUCGGCUGAAGUGUUUCGGGAGGGAGAGAUAUUCGUGCUUAAGCAGUGGACGAGCACGAGCAUGAUGAGACUACAUUUGUUACUGUGGAAGCUGCAAGGAUAUCUGGCGGAACCAGAUACAGGCAGCAGUAUAAAGCAGUGA